GUCUCUUCUGAAGAAGCAGCAGGACGUUAAACUGUCGCUGUGAAUCACUUGCGACAGACGUUAUUGUCUGAGCCCGAAAUAAUUUAUCUUUCGCAAGAUCGAUAAGGAUCUUUUAACGCAUUUUUGUUUAUUUUUUUUGUAAAUCCAUAAUUUUUACAUUUCUUGAAAAACAAUAUAAAUCGCACGAUAUUAUUGAGAAAAAAAAGACAAGAUAUUAUACAAUAUGUUAUCGUUCUAAUUUUUAUGAUAUUUGCAAUAUAUAUGAUUUUAAAUUUCAAUAAUUGAAAUAAAAGAAAGAAUAUCUUUUGAUAUUUUAUUUAUUAAAAAUCGCAGAAACUUCGUGAAAUUGGAAUAUCAUGUGUCAGUCUCGCAGCUAUGCAUUCGUCGUCUAUUUGAUUUUAAGACAUAGAAUUCGUUCUGCAGGUUGCUCUGGAAAAUUCACGAAAGUCAUAUGCAUACACUAACGAACCUCACAUAUGAAUGCACACAUUAAAAAAUAUUUCCAGUGUUUCUCAAUCAUAUAUGAUACAAACUUUCGCUUUAAUUUUAAUCAAAUAGCAAUCAAGGAAUGAAAAUAUUUCUAUAUAUAUAUAUAAUGAAAAUUUUUAUUGAAUUUUCAUUGAAAUGUUCAUGAAAUAACUUUUGUGAAAAUAAUGAAUCGUAAGUGCAAAUGUAAUUACACGUAUGCGCGAAUUUGCGGAAUUAGGCGUGACGAUGAUCAGUAUAACAACUAUGAUAUAUAUGUGAUAGUAAUUUCGUGACAAUAAUUUAACUAGAAGUUUCUUUUAGGUUCGUUAAUUCUGCUUGUGAAAAUAGAAUUUCCUAUUUGACAAGAGUGGGCUGACUCUUGUACAAAAACUGCCAGCAAGGAUCAAGCAAUCGUCAUAUGUUUUCUUGAGUGCGCUUCAAUUAGUUGAUUUACUAACUCUACGGAUAAUCAUGAAAAAUUCGUUUAAUGUUAUUACGUUGUUAUUAUGUUUUUUUCAUUUUUCUAUCUCGAAAGAGAACAUUAAUGGAAAAGUAAAAAGUUCAAGGACUCACAGUAAUAGUAAAUUUGGAAAAUAUCCAAGUGGUGGAUUGAUCUCUUUCGAUUCGGAUCAAGAAAAACUCAGUAUUGAUUGGACAGUAACUAUUCCCUUUAUUUCGAUACCUUUUGAACAUAAAAUAAGGGAGAACGAUGAAAUUCCACCAUUGCUCAAUGUUAACGCGAAAUCUGUUGGAAUCGUUGGAUUAAUAACCACUUUGUUUAGCGUAGUUUCUCCAUUAUUCUCAAAACCGCAUCCAGAAUUCAAUUACCGAUCAAUGGAUAAUGGCCAAUGGUUAGAAAUGGGAAACACUAUCAACGAAAUGAUUUUUGGCAACAAUUACGUGGCUCCAUGUAUGCAACGCAUUGUUUGUUCGAUCGUUUCAGUAGCUACGCAUUCAGAAAAUCCAACGAGUGCGGACAAAAUAAUUGAUGGAUUAUCAAGUCAUAAUUGGUUCAAAGACAUCACAAAUGGUACAAUCAUUCAAGAUGCUGUGAUUACCGGACGGAAAGGAAAUCAUGAUUGUGCUUAUGCUUAUAAGGAGUGUUUAAUAACACCAAAGUUUCUAAAAACUAUCAUGAACGAAUUUGGAAUAGUAUAACGAUAGAUUUUUUACUCCUCUAGCUUAUAAUAUAAGGAAAUAUGUUAUUAUUUUAACUCACUCACUAUGAAAUAUCUUCGCGUGCACUGCUGCGUGAUACAGCCAUAAUCACCAUUAUUUUGAAACUUUCACUUUUUGUUAAAUUAUCGUAUGCUUAACGAUGCUUCUGUGACAAAUUAACGUAUUUUCGUGGUAUGUUGUUUUUUGCAAUUAUUAUAGUAUAAAAAAAUAUUGCUGCGCGUCAUAGAAUUGUCAUCGUAUUAUUUGAAUUAGAACGCGAAUACAAAAAUAGAUAUUCAUUUUAUACUAUUUAUGUAUUAUAGCGAACUACGAGUUACCGAUUAUUAUACUUUCAUUUCGAGAUAUUUUACUAUAGUUAGUAACUAUAGUUACUAAUUAUAGC